AUGCUCUUCGAUCACCGUUACUUACCAUCUUCAUCCAUGGAUGUUACGAUGAAGAACUCAUUAUACCAUCAUCAAACUCCAUUGAUUGCCAACCACACGGGAUUAUCCUCAGAUCAACAGCACCCUUUCAGCGGCUAUCCAUACCUUGGACAAACUUCCGACUCUCUUCAUUUCUUGUUGAACACGCCUAUCAAUCCUUUUGUUUGUAGUUCUAACAUGUCCUCAUUCAAUCAUCAUGCUCCAUCUUAUGAUGAUUUUUCAUAUCAAAAACCACUCGAACACCAAGCCUUAGCUAAGGGUAAGCACAACCCAACAAUGAACGGCCUUCAACCCGUUAAACCAACGUGCAAGUCCAACUCGUGUACCCAACAUCAUCACGCUGGAUCAAGCCCCUCUCACCUUAGUGAGCCCACCACUAAGGCUUCCGUCAACGCUCCUCCACAGAGAAAGCAAUCAAAUGUUACUCCAACAACUCAGCAUAAACACUUCUCAUCCUCAACAUCCACAUCCAAACGGUCAUUGGAAGCUUUUGCCAACAGUACUGACUUCAACGACAUUGUGGUUCAACAAUCAACCAAUCAACAACAAACGAACGACAAUCAGGCUUCCUACAAUGGAAAAGAUCGUUACAAGACUGAAUUGUGCAGAUCUUGGGAAGAAACUGGAUUCUGUAGAUAUGGGGACAAAUGUCAAUUUGCACAUGGCAGACAGGAGUUGAGAGUUGUUACAAGGCAUCACAAGGCUGUCAUUGGAAGAGCCCUCAGCCAAAACAUUGAUAUGGUGCCUAUUCAACAAGCAUCUCGUCUUCCAGUGUUUAAAGAGCAAAUUGAUACUGUACCCACUUACUUCUUCACUACAGAUUCUGUAAAUCAAUAA